GUUUACUAUUUCCCACCCAAGCUAUUUUUGUGUAUGAGAUGAGGAUACUAACCUGGAAUGUCAAUGGUUUAGCAACCACUAUACAAUAUCAUCCUUGGUCAGAAACCAAGUCUUUUAAGGUAAAUAAAGUAACAAAAAUAAAUCAGAUGUUUAUAUAUGUGUGUGUAUGUGUGUGUUUAGGCCUUGUUAGACACAUUAAAUGCUGACAUUAUUUGUCUACAAGAAGUGAAAUGUCAACGAUCUAAACUAACAAGGGAAAUGGCAUUGGUACCUGGUUAUCAUGCUUAUUUCUCUUUUUCAAAAACUAAGCUGGGCUAUUCAGGAGUAGUGGCUUAUGUCAGAGAAAGUUUACCUCAGCCUAUUCAAAUACAUGAAACCAUUGUUGAUGACAUGGAGCACUAUACACUAAAUACGCCAGCUGAAAAACUCGAUGCAGAAGGACGGUCUAUCUUGCUUGACUUUGGCUAUUUUAUUUUACUAAACAUCUAUUUUCCAAAUGAUGCUGGAGAGGUUCGUAUUGAAUUCAAAAUGGACUUCCAUCGUGCUGUACAGAACAGAAUAGAACGUGAGUUGAAGCACAAACAUGUCAUUCUGGUAGGAGAUAUCAAUGCUGUCCAUGAAGAAAUAGACCAUUGUGACCCAAAGCAGAGUAUCAAAGAUCAUGACCUAGAGGACUUUAAAGACUUACCUCAGCGACGAUGGUUAGACAACAUGAUAGACCCUAAAGGUCCUUUGGUGGACAUGACACGUCUUUAUCAUCCUGGCCGACAGAAAAUGUUCACCUGUUGGAAUACGCGUAUGAAUGCAAGACCUAUUAAUUUCGGCACGCGUAUUGACUAUGUCUUGCCCUCGAUUGGAUUAUCAGAUUACUUUCGAUUUGCAGAUAUUCAGCCGCAUCUGAUGGGAUCUGAUCAUUGUCCUGUUUAUGCAGAUUUCUCGGACGAAUUAAGGGACAAGAUGACAUCGGAGCAGCGAUAUUUAAACUCAACAUUGCUGGCUUCUAAUUUUCCAGAAUUCAAACAUCAAAACAAAUUGUCAAAUUACUUUAGAAAACGACCUCUUGAAGAACAAUCAACACAAGAAACAUCAGAAAAGAUACAGAAAACAAGUCAGAAAAAGAAGACGACAGCAGCUAUGAUAGACAACUAUUUUAUUAAGAAGCCUUCGACAGUCAUAGAGAAAGACGUAUCCCCCAUCAUCUCCAAUAAUCAAGCAACAAAAGCCACUUGGACAUCUAUCUUUCAGACACCAGAAAUUCCUCGGUGUACAUACCACAAUGAACCAUGUCUUGAAAGAACUGUGACUAAAAAGGGGCCGAACUUUGGCCGUGUGUUUUAUGUAUGUUCUAAACCACGGCUGCAACACGGGCCGAGUGAAGAUCAGUUGAGUUGUAACUUUUUUUUAUGGAAGCAAAAUAAAGGAAGAAAGUAAAACGUGGUU